CAUCAUCGCUUUGCGCCUUUCUGGUCACGCUCGAGCCCGCAUCUUCUACUACGAUGGCACUGAGCAAGUCGUUCAUCGUUUCCUUUACCGCUUUUAUGCUCUUUAUCAACUCACUCAUAGUGUUACCGGCCACGUCCUCUUUAACGGUGUUUGAUACGCCGUUGCGUUUAAUUUCACCCUGAAUUUCGGGCAUUCUGGCUUGAUUCCGUGCGUGAAUGCUCUUGCAAGUCCAAAGUUGGUAAACAUUGCCAAGGCCCGUUGUUUUGCCAAAUGACAGCUGAAUUGUGUCAGGGCCUGCACACACUUGUUGGACCUGCCUUAAUGAGCGAACAUUUUCACACACAUCUUUAGCGAUAGUUUUUCCGAAUAAUAUUUGCUUACAGGUUUACCACAUGAUGAAAAUUUCAUUUGCAUUUUUCUGGUUAAUAAGUUGCCUAUUGCUCUCUCACUGCGUUGGAAUCGAAAAAGGCCUUUUCGUGCGACUUCCUUUGUGCCAGCAGCUGUCAAAACUGUCAACAAAUGUACCAUUUGCCGACCUCUCGCUCCCAGCCACUUUGGAAUAAAGAAUUAGCAAGAGUGGAUCAAAGUUUUGUUUACGAUCGUUGGUGCAAUAUUCGCUAGUUUCGACCGUGCGUUCAUCCGCUGGGUGGGCUGUCCAUGAUUCAGUGAUAUACUCUCGUACUCCCCAACCAACCCCCCGAUAAUGCGCUCCUGGACGACACGAUGGCUUUCACGGGCAUUACACCAAAACUGGCAAGCUGCAAGCGCAACUGCGGAAAACAAACCCCGUACCUACUCACGCUUUAUCUCCGUCGUCAGUGGCUUCCCAAAGAAUCUGGCCCAGUCCAAGUACAAGCCUGGUAAGAUGGGCGAUGAUGCGUGGUUUAUCGCAAACACCAAAACAGCCGAUGUCCUGGGUGUCGCUGAUGGGGUCGGCGGAUGGCGCAGUUAUGGAAUUGAUCCGGGCGAGUUUGCCAUGGUGCUGAUGAGGAAUUGUGAGCGAUUGGUGAAAUUUUCCCGCUUCGAUCCGAUCAAACCAGUGAAUCUGAUUGCAUCCGGGUUUCGAGAAUUGCAGGACAACAGAAAAUGCAUCCUAGGGAGCAGCACUGCCUGCAUAGUGGUGUUUAAUCGUGAAGACAGCAGCAUUUACACCGCCAACAUCGGCGACAGUGGCUUCAUCAUAGUACGAAAGGGCGAAAUAGUGCAUCGCAGCGAGGAACAGCAGCACUACUUCAACACCCCCUUCCAGCUCUCAUUACCCCCGCCCGGGCACACCGAUGUGCUAAGCGAUAGGCCCGAGUCGGCCAACACUACCACCUUCCCAGUGUGCAACGGGGACGUCAUCCUCGUUGCGACGGACGGUGUGUUUGAUAAUGUUCCGAUCAAGCUGCUAGUCGACACUCUACAGCGGGUGGAAGGAGAAAACGACCAAGUUAAAUUACAAAUGUGUGCAAAUUCUAUCGCCCUUAUGGCGAGAUCGCUAUCUUUCGACAGCAAGUUUCUAUCACCCUUUUCCCUUAAUGCUAGGAGAAACAAUAUCAAUGCAAUGGGUGGAAAGCCGGACGACAUAACCGUAGUUUUAGCGACCGUGGCUCUGUAACCUCGUGGGCCCCACAGCAUGCAUUUGAAAUGCUGAAAUUGUGCAAAAUAAGGGGGGGGGACUGCGGAAGGGAAACGCAAAUACAAUAGAGACGGUAGUGUGCAAGUGAACUUCUUAGACAAAUUAAGCUAGCGAACGCCAGCAUCAGCAACUACCACACCCAAUCAAAGAGGAGCCCCCGCAACAGCAGACCGAUAGGAUACACAUCCCAAAUCCUGACACACACCAUGAAACGGAAAGGCUGUUGGAAAUACAUUUUGUUGUAGCUUUUAGGUUUAUCGCUCCUUAAUAUAAUUUUUCUUUCUUUGUCUGCAUCUGCUAGACUGGGUUUUCUAAACGAACAAAUAAAUCUUUCUAAUCAAUCCAUUUGGCAAACGAUGGAGAGAAGAUGAUGUAAGACGA